AUGCAUCUGCCCACUGCGUUGUGGCGUUAUUGGCAGGCUAUCUGGCCUGCCGGGUUCCAGGCGACUGCGCACGUGAACAUGAGCUGCGGUAUGCGCCCUGGCCGCGCUGCCGAGGAAGACGUGUUUUCCGGUACACAUUGGUCUGAGGUGUUACUGGAGACGCGUGGCAAUGGCUUGUUUCUGUUCGAGCCGGAGGUGUGUGUCGGCUCCGCCGCUCGAGUGCCUACUAUGGCAUGGGUACUGGAGCACGUUCGCCUUGAGCUGCUCCCUGCGAAACCAGGAAUGACACUGCCUAUAGGCUGCGCUUCGUCCGACGAGAGCUGUGGCGCCCUGCUCUACUUUUUCGAGAGCCGAGAUGAGGAUUCGGCCUUCCUGGCCAUACACUACCCGAGCGUGAAGGAUGCGCAGUAUGCAUGUACGCAGUUUCGGCGCUGUAGUCUGACGUAUGUGCGUUCCCUGGUUGACGGUUGCGGUGACGAUGGCGUCACUGCUGGUGACGUCGCCCACACCAUCGAAUCGCUGCGUUACUCUCGCGAGGAGCUGGCACAGCAGAAGGACUUGCUGCGUCUGGACAACACCCUGUUGUUUUCGCAGUACGCGAGUAACAAGCAGGCCUUUUCGGAGAGUACCGCCAUGCAGAUGCAGGAGAAUGCGGCCUUGCGUUCGCAGCUGGAGCGCUGCAUGGACCGCAUACAAUCCCUGGAGAGCGACUCCAAUGUACGCGAAGGAACGAUCCGCGCACUGAAAGAGGAACGGGAGCACCUGGUGGAUCUUACGACGAACCUUCAGUCCGAGCUUGAGACCUCGAGGGACGCCGGUCGGUCGUCAGCAAACAGCACGGAGGAGGCGUUGAGGCAAGACUACAAGUCCACGUUGGCUGAUGUCUCUCGUCUCCGGCGUGAAGUGAAGAAUUUGCGAAAGGACAACGCACGCAUCACCAACCAGUACCACAAUUACAAGCGUGAGGUGAACCUGGAGUACGAGCGCGUGGAGGAGCUGCUCUACCACAGCACGAUAUAUGAGAUGCUGAUGCACUGGAUAUUGUGCAACGACCUGAAGGUACGCUGCACGUUCUGCGUCUCCGUGCUAAUUCGCAUUCAGGUUGAGUACUACGAAACGUGCCACCAGAUGAGGCCCGAGGAGCACCAGGCAUUCUGUGAUCGAGUGAACGCGGCACAGGAGGAAUUCCGCGUAUCUGUCACUCUCGCUCGUGCAUCGUACAUAAACUGUCGCACGCACCUCUUCAACGAGCUGCUGUCAUCCAUCAGCGGCCACAAGUUGGAACUGCCGCGCUCCAAGCGUCUUCUGAGCCUGGCGCUCGAGCGUUUGGACUGGAUCUUCCAGCCUGAGUCGUGCCGCCUGGACGUCCGCGAACCCAUCUGGAUGAACCAGGAGAAGUUCGACGGACUUGUUGAAGCUCUGAUCUACAAGACCUCCGACCACACUUGGUACAACAAGUUAUCGUACGUGUCUGCGCUGAAGCCCAUAUUGACCAACGACGGCGCCUCCGAAUCCAUGCUGCUGACGCUGAAGCGACAGCUGUACGAGUCUCUGAACCAGAACGAGGCGCUCAAGCAGCAGGUGGCUUCGAUGCAGAAGGCCCUGGGUAGCAACAAGCACUGGCAGUCCAUUUGGUCCCGUGCCGCGGCGUAG